CCCCCUGAUGGGUUUGAACGGCCCUGCAGGGAAGCACAGGCAUGCACAUCCAGAGCCGAGCGCAUCUUUGUCAGAGCUGCACCUUCAGCAGACGGAUAAUCGAGAUCACUGAAAGCUGGCAAGGGAUGGAAAGGAAAUUUCAACCUCAGGAUAUUGCGGUAAAAUCCGCUGAACCUGAGCUACUCCUGUAACAGCAGAGACACAAGGACACAGGAGGGAGGGAGAGAAGCGCGGGAGUGGAUGGCGAGGAUGGAUGCGUGUAUCCUCAGACUCAGGGAUAAAACUGUACAACCUGCCACUGAAUAUCCUGAAUAAAGGCAGGAGUGGAGGGUCAAGGACGCUAUAACUUCUCCGUAUGGCUGCACCGUCCUCCUGGCCGAGGCACCGGCAAGCCAAACCCACCGGUGUGAGUGGUAUAAAAACCCCGAGGAGGCGUUUCUGUCUGCAGAUCAGCAGCAUCCGCGUCCUGUGCCGCUCUGAAACCUGUAAUCUGACUGGGAUUAACGAUUGUGUUGUGUUAGCAGGAUAGCAAACAGACGGAGCAGCCAUGUCUCAUGGAUGGGGAUACGGACCAAGUAAUGGUGAGUCUCUCUCAGCAUCCAUGUGCUGGAGGUUCAGCUUUACAUGUAACAGGUCAAGGGCAAGAUACACUCUCUUGUUUCUGUCCUGGUUAACACAAUUUACUGCGAUCGGUCAACUGGCAUUAACCAACAACAUUCUCAUGGCUCGAAAAUUACACUACAGCUGUCCAUAAUAUGACUAUUCAUUAACUAUAUUUCCUACCUGAGCAGGCCUUACUUAUAUAUGUUUUCAUUUUGGUGGUUUAAUAAAACCAAAUCUCACAUUUAAAUGCAGUAAAUUUGGUCGUUUAAGGACAUUUUAUGGCAAUGCCUAUUCUCAGUUUUAGUCAGUAUUUUAUUUUAAUGAUAAAACUCGAGAAAUUAUGGGAUGUGAAAGAAAAAAAAUGCAAAAGUAAUUGAUUUCCAUCUGCUGUUUCUCAAAUGAUCUUUUUGAGCACUAGUAGAUCCCAUAAAGCUACACUGUAAAAAAAAGAAUAAUUGAGAACACUUAAAAAUUUAAGGCAACCUUUUGCAGAAAGAUUUCAUAAUUGUGUCAACGAUUUGCUCGGUCAUUGUCAUAAGUGGCAUUUCAUUGUUGUAUCAAUUAUGUUUAUGCUGUUCGGUGAAUGGUCACGACUAUUUAUUCUUCAUUUUGCCAAUAUACACAUUUAGCUGCCCUAGCCAUCGGCUAGCAGCCGCUUGCUAAUGGCUAAAGUUAACAGCUUUCUCCGCAGCAAGUGAGUGUGGAGGCGGCGUGCAUCGUGAAUGCGCCCUAGAGAUAAAAUUGCCUGCUCAGUUACAUGUGCGAUUAAACACGAGGCUAAGAAACACGUUGUGAGACAAGCAAUGUAAAUAGACAAGCAUUGUUAGCUAAACUGAAAAAGUAGCUAAUUUACUGAAGUAAAUUUGGUAAAGCAGAACAACACCACAUAUUAGAUAAUACACUUAAAACAGUUCAGAAAAGUUUAUUUUCACACAAAAUACUUAAACAGCUUGGACUGAAGCACUCAAAAAACUCAAAAAGCCCUCUUCUCCCUCUGCGGCCGUGACACACUAGAGGUAGAACUUGCCCUUGCAACGGAACGUGGUAAACCCCGUAGGUCUUCUUCGGCAGACCUCAUGGGUCAAUGUCAGAACUGCAUUAUUAAAGUGUCUUUCUUUUUUUAUCUAAUUUCAACAUUAUCAACUGUUUUAAAUAUUAAAAUGAUGUUAUAAGGAUUGUAAAGGAUAGGCAACUAUAAGCAUUGUGCUUCCGCCUAAUCCUUUUUUUGGUCAAGUUUAUAAUUCUGUUUGUUUCUCAUUUGUUGUUAUUGUGACCAAAAAUAAAACCGUUCAUUCAUUCAUUAUGGGAAUUUUUCCUACUUUGCUGUGCAAACAACAAAUUGCAAAUUCUGCUAAUUUAGAAUCACAUAUUUGGUCUCUAUUGAAGUGCACAUUGUUGGUCUGACAUGUAUUUUCUUGUUAAAUAAUAGCUAUUUUAAUUUUCAACACUUUUAUUGUCUUUAAUGUAACUUUUUAGGCCCUGACAAAUGGGAAAUAGAAUAUCCCAUAGCUAAUGGGCCGAGACAGUCUCCCAUCGACAUUAUUCCCAGGGAGGCCCAGUUCGACUCCUCUCUGAAGGCUCUGAAACUCCGCUAUGACCCUUCCAACUCCACUGGCAUCCUGAACAAUGGACACUCCUUCCAGGUGGACUUCACUGAUGACAAAGACAGCUCCAGUAAGCACAACUGUGUUUUUCCUGCAAUGACAAACUGCCAUGAAAUACCUAGUGGUUAUAAUUACUGUGUAAGAAACAAGAUAUAACAUCAAAUUCAAACUUGCAGUCUGAAAGUUCCAGUAAGAGAUAGUGUUGGUCAUCUUUAUCUGUCUGUGUGGUACAUGCCUCCACCCUGCCAUCUGUUCAGCAGCAGAUAAGGGUGUCUGAUCAUGUCAGCACUCAGGCAACCUCACCCUCUCAUCCUACACGUCUGCGAGGAUUUUAUAACUAGUUGAGGAACAGACUGAAACAAACACCUCUAUGUGACCUCCAGGAGCAAACUUGACCAUCAGCAACAAGACUGACAAUUACUCUGAUGUAACUUUUAAUGUCUGAAAUCACUCUGAGAGGGUAGGUGUCAGACUAGAUGAUUGACAACAGACUGAAACAAGAGCCUUUUUAUUAUUUCUUAGUGUUAUAGGAAUAGUGUUAGUGUAAGAAUACUGAACAAGAGAGGUGUAUGGCACUAACUGGAAUUCAUUGCUGAUGUUUGAGAAUGAUUACACAGGAAACAUCCAAAUACAAAAACAGCAAACAUACUUUCACAGACUGAGAGGAUUGAAUGAUUUCUACAACUGCACAAGUUACAGAUAGACACAAGUUUCUUUGUGUCUUUGUUAGUUUUUUUUUUUCUUUGUGGACUGUUCAUCCCUGAAGUGCAUCCCUGAUUUUCGUGUUGUGCUGUUGUUUCUUCCUCCCAGCCCUGACAGGAGGUCCCAUUACUGGAACAUACCGUUUGAGGCAGUUUCAUUUCCACUGGGGGGGCAGUGAUGAGAGAGGCUCAGAGCACACUGUCAAUGGCAUCAAGUUCCCUUGUGAGGUAUGAACACUCACAGAUGUUUCAAACUCUCUCCUCAUGUCUCCAUCAGCAUACAAAUGGUUUCUUCUCUUCAUCUUAUCAUCAAGUUUAUCAAGUUUAUGGGAAAGCAUUGACUCCCAGUGUCUGUACAAAUGUUUAAGCGCUAAAACCCCACUUACAAUGAUGGUUUUGUGUGGUGGACAAACUCAAUACUUUCACCCAAAGGUUGAAGUUUCUUUGCAGUCUAAGGUUCAAGUUUAUUAUUGUUAUUAUCCUGAAGUUAGGGUUAGGCAAUAUGGGAAAUAAGUUUAUCACGAUAUAUUUUUUUCAUAUCAGUCAAUGCCGAUAUGUAUCACAACAUAAAAAAAUCACUUGUCAAUCUUAAAUGUUUCCUGUUACUUAAAAAGAAAAAAAAAUACCCCCACACUACCAGUGCUCUUGUGCCAGUGUUGUCUUCAAUGUCAUCAUCUGUUGAGCCAUCACCUACAUUUCUGCCAGGGGUAGAACUCAUUUUUCUUUUUUUACGUGUUAAAAUGCUAGCAGCUGUAGCCUGCUACUACGCAGUCGUUUGCUACUUGGUUCUAAUUCAGCACAUGAUUGGUUCAGCGCGGUGCGACCCGGAGCAACUCCCCUUUUCAUUAGCUAUGUGCUGAAUGCUGAAUGCAGAAUGCUGGCUAUCGAAUUGCAUAUUGACCAUGUUUCAUAUCGAUAUUGAGAGAAAUUAAUUUUUUGAUAUACAUCAGUAACGUUUUAUCGCCCAGCCCUACCUGAAGUUAAACUGGCAUUACAAUAAGCAGGAAGUUUAUGACAUACAAAGUUUUCACUGUUCAAGUAAAGCCAAAGACACUCCAUGACACUGAACCAGAAGCCACCAUAAAGCAGCAGAAUAAAAUACCUCAGAAAGUCAGAGAUAGCGCUGUAUUUGGCAGAUUAGAAAAAUGAAUAGAGCAGUGAAUAAUCAAGAUCAAAAAUCUUAAGACUGUACAUUAAAAGACAAAAGUGUUAUCAGUGUUUAUACUGAGACACAAUCUUUAAAUCCUUAUCCAGAAUGACAGUUUGGGUGACAUCAGGCUGUAACCUUUGAAGUCAAUAAUCAUGUCAUGGUUUAGUCUCCCCAAAUGUCAGCAUUGACUUCUCUUUAGCUUUGUUCGUGAAUUCGUUUUCUUCUUGUUCGUUCUGGAUUACAUGAAUCAUGCUCUGUACCAAAGUCUAACCUUGGUGUUGUUUCUUGACAGCUUCACUUGGUGCACUGGAACACAAAGUACCCGAGCUUUGGAGAGGCAGCUCCUCAGCCUGAUGGCUUGGCUGUGGUUGGAGUCUUUCUCAAGGUAAAUUAUCAGAGAAUUCAGAUGAAAAUACACCAAGGACAUGCAAUGAGAGCGUACAAGAUCAGUUAAAAAAAAAUUAUAAAAACACAGUAUUCAAAAAAAUAUAGUAAGUACUUUGAGUUUCAUGCUGUUUAUCUGUCCUGUCCUCCAGAUUGGUGCUGCCAAUCCCAGGCUGCAGAAAGUUCUGGAUGCUUUUGAGGCCAUUAGGUCCAAGGUGAAAACAGAAACAACAAGAAACAAUUUCACCAAAUAUCUGUGUUGAGACACAAGAAAUGAACUCUUCUGUUUUGUAUCAUUAGCCCCAGCUAUUCCCUCUUUUCUUCCUCACUUUCUCUCCCCUGUCUGACCCCAGGGCAAGCAAACAACCUUUCCAGGCUUUGAUCCAAAGACCCUUCUUCCUGGAUCUUUGGAUUAUUGGACCUACGAUGGCUCUCUGACCACACCCCCUCUCUUAGAGAGUGUCACCUGGAUUGUCCUGAGGGACCCAAUCAGUGUCAGCCCUGCACAGGUACUUAACAUAGUCACACACAUGUACUGUCUGGACAUGAGAGUGAAGUUCAAUAUGGAGAACACACACACCGUUAAUGACUCUUUAGCAGGAAAACAGAAUCCAAAGCAUGAGUGACACAUCCAGAGUGUUGCUCCUGUAAGUUACCACUGCUGUAUAACAGCACUACCUCUUAGUGGCAGGUUUAACUGUGUGCAUUGAGACUUAAGGUCCUUUCACACCGGGACCGUUUUUGUCGUGCGAUUAUUUUGGAAGUCAAUAUUUUUUUUCGAACCCGUAUCCUGUCAAUACAAGUGUUCACAUCAGCGACGUUUUCCCGAUAUUGUAGCAUUUAUUUUUUCGGAUCACGGCCGAUUUUCUAAAGUUUCCCAUACUGUAUGUCCACUUCUGACCAAUCAUAUUACGUGUUGUUGCGACGUCAGAUUCACAGGUAUAUCCAACAUGGCCGACCGGCUGAUUGUUUACAUGUCGGAGAACAGAGUGCUUUUUGAUAAAAGACACAAACAUUACAAUGAUAACGACCUGAAGGACAACUUGUGGAGAGUCAUAGCGUUGGAUUUCUCAUAUGACGAUGUUUUGUGUGCUUUAACAGUUUGCUAAACGUCUUUGUUUUAACUUUCAUCUGUACUAAGUAACUUUAGCUCGUAAGCUAACCUGUUCAGAUACAACAUACCAUAUGUAUUUUCACUGUCUCAAACUCAAUCACGUUGCUGUCACAGCACCAUUAGGUCUCGGUUGUUACCUUAUGUUUAUGGAUUAUAGUUUAAUGUGCUUAUCUGAUACUGGCCCCGACUCAGUACAUGCUAUCAUGACAGACAGUCAUCUCAACACUAGUGUCUAAUCAGAACUGCAAAACAGUCAGUCUGCUGUUGUGUCAGUCUUCUCUCUUUCACCCGGAACACGUCUUUUCCCGCUUGGAAAGUUGCAAAAUUGCGUCAGGCUUGAUGUGUAUAGUCAGCUGCAUCAAAAUUUGCCUCAGAAUAUUUCGUAAUUUCGUGUUGUAUAUUUGCGUCGGUCCCGGUGUGUAAGGACCUUUACUGCUCAGCUGUGUUACACUCUUGGUUCUGCUUGUUGUAAUUCCCUAUAGCAACAGUCUAGUAUUUCUCGACAGCACAACAUUGGUAUGGAAAACUUCACAGUGCAAUUACAAAAAAUCAGAAACUUCAAGUGUUGAGCUUUGAAAGUCUCAGAUAUAAACAGAAGAAACACAUGUCAGCAGCUGUAGGAUGAAGAGCUGGAUCUGACCACAGUGGUCUCUGUUUUAUUGUGUUUUGAUAUGGCCAAACCACAAAGCCUCAUUAUGAAAUGUUUUUGAAGGUUGUCAGUCCAAACCUCACCAUGGUGAAGAGCAUAUGGGGCCAGAUCAGGCUGUAGAGCUGGGUGUGUCUGAGCCUGGAGUGCCUUGUGUUUCUCCAGAUUACUCUGACUGCCUCUAUCCCCUGUGGCCAGUUUGCACACCAUCUCUUUACAUAAUUUACAUGACUGCACUGUAUCUUCAAAUGACCUAGACCCACAUAGAGUUGGAGUAGGUGUUCAAAAUGGUGACACUGGCACUGAAAUCCAGACAGCUGAUUAAAGCUAAUCUGCUCCCACAGGAGAUGUUGUUUAUGCCUCAUAUCUGUUUUACUGCAGCUUCUCACAUACAAACACAAUGUUGAGACACAAUCCUCUGGAAAAAGAUCAGAGAUUUGCCCUUUUCUGUACACAUUUUCCCCAUUACUUUCAUACACUUCCUAAUGUGUGGUCUACAAUCUGAGCAGCUGAAAAAAUUCAGUGAUCAAAUCUAUAACAGCUAAAGCACAAAGACCUACAUCAUCUUUUGUUGAAUCCAGGUAAAGGGAUUUAAAGCAAAGUUGCUAAUGGAGUGUAUUAGGAAUAUAAACCAAACUCAUUCAAACACACUGUGCUCAUAAAAACCGUCAAUGAGCUCAGUUAAAUCAUAAUCAUUGUAAGAUUUCAUUUCUGAUGACACUUUCAAUAUUUGAUCAUUAUUAUAGUUCAGUGGCCUGGCUUACCUUUUAGCUUUGCUUGUACAUAUUUGAUGGAUCUUGUUUUCAAAGUUGAGAGGCUUAACACUCUUACAAGCAUGUGCACAUGAAAGAUAAGCUACUCAGCAGGGUGGGGGCAGUACAACACCUUAUGGGCUGAAGCUGAAGUGGACAACAUGAAACACUUGAUUGCAUGAACAUUGACUUGCUGCUGGCAGCGAGUCGCUGAGCUUGAUGUUUACCUCGGGUUACCUCAGGGACUGUGACUAUCCUCCUCUGCAGUUCGCCAUCUGGGGAUACAAGAGCUUAUGUGAACAUUUCAUCAAGCUGGUGUCAUGGCAACAAGCACCCUCUGUCAGAAAUUGUUCUUAAGCUUUAGAGUUUAUUUCUUGAGGAUUUUAUUUAACUUUUACUCAAUCAGUGAAAAAGACAAGAAAAGUCAAAACAAAUCAAAAUAAGAGAAAUUUUGAGAACAUGCAUGAACAUUUAAAAAGUCUGCGGACAGCAUCAACAUCACUUACAAUGACUUCAAAUGUGUAGACCGUUUUUUUGAGAUGUAAAAGGAAAGUGACUACACCAUGAAGACGGAACAGUGAACACACUCUCCAAUCCUUCCUCUCCAAGUCUGCAGGUGGAAAAGCUAGAUUAUGCAAUCUUAAAAGGCUUCGUUUAUUUUACUUUUAUUUUUCUCAAAGUGGGAUUGGAUAAGGUAUCUGUCAAUCAAAUGUAUAACUGAGAGACAGGAAAUCACAGAAAAACAGAACCAGAAGCUGAGCCGUCUACCUCUGCAGUCUCUGUAUUUUGGUUAGUUUUGAGAAAUUUCCGCCUAAAGAAAUUAUUGAUUGAUGCAGCGCUUACAUGUUUAUCUGCCUGCAGGACGCCAAAGAAAGGAGCUUCACUCUAAAUACAAACAAUGAACACAUGUCAAGUUUUUUAGUGUGCGUUUGCAUUUGAAGGAUUGGAUUAUUUGAGUUCUCUUGCCACUUCUAAAUUUAACAGUGAUCCAAAAACUGUAUUUUUAAACAAAACCUAAGCUAGCAGUGUGUUUUACAUUUAGCGUUAGUUUGCUGGUUGUUGCUCAGGACAAAAGGGUCUUACACACCGGGGUCGACGCGAAUGCAGAACGCGAAAUGAGGUGAAUUUUGACGGGCCUGACUAUACAUAUCAAGCCCAAUGUGAUUUUGUUACUUUCCGGGGGGGAGAAGAGGCAUCCCGGGGAAAGUCCCGCCUCCUUCGCCUCUGAUUGGCUAGAAAAGCUGGAAACGUCAUCACACGCUCAAGCCAAACGGUCAGCACUUAUGGCCAAUCAGAGGCUAUAAGAUAAGCACAUGAAACUAUGGUAACAACCGUUAGCUUAUGUUAGCACAGAUGAAAGUUACAAUAAAGACGUUUAGCAAACUGUUAAAGCACACAAAACAUUGUCAUAUGAGAAAUCCAACACUGUGUUGUCCUUCAGGUCGUUAUCUUUGUAAUGUUUGUGUCUUUUAUCAAAAAACACUGUUCUCAGACAUGUAAACAAUCAGCUGGUCGGCCAUGUUGGAUAUACCGGUGAAUCAGAAAAAAAACUGUCCCGGUUUGAAAGGACCAUAACUUGAUAAAUGCUGUAAAGUGCUUUACAUGUGGUUGAAGAUGGGAUAGGAGCGGGUCUGAUCUUACAAAUUGGGCUCAAUCUGAUCCCAUUUUGUCAUUCGGUCUUCGCUCUUUUUUUUGUCAAGCAUCUUGGGAGAACACUUCUUGUGAAUUGGCGCUAUACAAAUAAAUAUUGAUUGAUUGCUCAAACUUGUCCAUGUUUGAAAAGAUUACAUAUGAUAUCUCCUUGUGGUUGCACUUCAUACUUGGCUAAUCUGACUUUAACUGUUUCCUGUCAUUCUUUCUGAUAGAUGGCCAUGUUCCGAAGCCUCAUGUUCUCAGGAGACGGAGAGGCUCCAUGCUGCAUGGUGGACAACUACCGGCCCCCUCAGCCUCUGAAGGGCCGGGCGGUCCGUGCCUCCUUCAAAUAAACCCUGCCAUCAGUCUUCAAAGCUUUCUUACCAUCCAACCCUUAUUUCAAUACCUUCUUUGUUUCGUUGUUCUCCAUAUGCAGCAUUUUCUUUGCUUAUACAGGCUCAUUAGCUCAAAAUGGCACCAAAAUUUGGCUGUUAUUGAUCUGUGUUUUUUGCUCAGCGAACCUUUCAUGACCUGAAUCCUUUCCAAUUGGCUUUACUUUUACUAAAGCUACAAAACAAUACAAGAAAUUCAUUGAUUCCUAAAGGGAAAUUUGUUAAUUUAAGAAAGAGGAAAAAAAAACUAGAAAAUACUUGGUAUUUUUGUAAAAAGAAAGAAAUGUUGGUUGAUAGUGGGUCAUUUUUGUUUUAACAUAAUAGCUUCUUUAUCCUUUAAAAAUGAUUUUUCAGAUUUUUCUCUUGUUUGAAAAUGAAUGUCUUGGUCAACUUCCUGAAGCUUCCUAUGCAUUAUUGUAUCUUAAACUGAGCCACAGACAGAUGCUCAGAUUAUGGAUGAGGACGUUUUGACAGAUUACUCGCUCUGUGAAUCUGAUACAGAGUGGUCAGGGAGCUCAGAUCUGACAUUUCAGAGGUAGAUAUUGAGUUUUGGUAUUUUGGUCUUCAUUCACCAGCUGCAUUUCUAUGCAAGUAGACUGUUGGACUCUGAAGGGGUUUUUGUUCUGUGACGUCUUGAAACAGUGAAGAGUGGUAACUUUUUUUUAUUUAUCGCUGGGCUUUAAAAAGGUUCAUUUUGUUGAUGUGAUGGCUUUGUAAAGUUCAUCCAGUUUGUGGUUCCAAAGUUUCAAUGUUCCACCAUGAUUUUAUAGAAACCUUGAGAAGUGAACCGCUUAUCACCACAGUGCAUUAAACGCCUAUUGACAAAGACUCUUGUUGGAGAGGAUUUAUGCCAGAAAUUAAUAAAAGGACGCCAUGAGGAUUUAUUCAGAAGACAUAACCUCAACAGUUUAGCUUUUAUAUCAAUACUAUAACCUGAUGAAACAGCUUUGAGACUGAGAUUCUGGCUGUAGGGACAACAGCAGUAACUCUUUAUUAAAGAGUGACACAUUAUGAAUGUUUUGUGUGAAAAAAAAAAUUGUGGCAAACAAUGCUGUCAAUAAAACUCUUGAUUGUGUGUCAAA